AUGACAAUUCAACUUAUCCGAUCGACUCAUUUGGGAAAUUUUACAAUGAAAAGCAAUGAUCGUUCUACAAUAAAUACAAUUCAUAUUUUAGGAAGUCAAAUCAACGAUUCGGUUGUUGAAUUAUUAGAUAAAAUAAUAAAUGCAAAUUCUAAAAUCAAUACAUUUGCGAUUAAUGCAAAUCAACUUGGACUUAUUCAAAGUGGACAAUUCGCCAAUACAUUGGCUCAAAAUUUAAAUAUUCAAACAUUUAAACUUGUUCGAGAUAAUAUCGAAUCUCCUGAUGUUGGAAAAUUCGCUGAUGCAAUACGAGACAGUUCAAGUAUUCAUACGUUGAGUAUUACUGGGAAAAAAGUGGAGAAAAAUAAAGAAAAAUCAUCGUUUAAUAUUAAUAUUGGAAAUUAUGAUAUCGAAAGAUUAAUUGAUGCAAUUCAAAAUAAUCCUAAUAUUCAUACAGUUAGUGUUGAUGGAGCUCUGAUUGAUCAAGUUUCAGCAGAAAAAAUUGCUCGAAUUAUACGAAAUAGUUCGUAUAUUCAUACUUUUUGUCUCGUUGGAAAUGAAAUUGGAUCAUCUCAAGAUGAAAAAUUCGCCGAAGCAAUACGAAGAAAUACGAGUAUUCAAACGUUUUGUCUCGUUGGCGUAAAUCUGGGUUAUAUCGAAGCAAAGGAAUUCGCAGAUGCGAUACAAAAUAAAAAUAAUAAUGAUACGUUCAAUCUCAUUGAAAAUGAUCUUGGACAUCAACAAAGAGAGAAACUAAUUAAUUCUAUUCGAAAUAAUACAAAUAUCGUUAAUUCAAAUGUAAAGAGAACGAAAAAGGAUUCUCAAACUGUCUCUUCAGUUCAAUCAAAUGAAAGAAAAAAGGAAACAACUAAACCAAUACAAACACCUUCUUUAUUAAGAAAAUCAACUUCUAUGGGAGGAAAUCUUGCCAAUGGAAAUAUUCCCAUUGGACCGAAUCAAAAUUAUAACUAUCCAGCUCAAUAUUAUUAUUUUCCAUCAUUUAAUACUCCAUUUAAUAAUAAUGGAUUUAAUCGAACACAAUUUAAUCGAUAUAAUUAUCCGUAUUUACAACGAGGAAUGUAUUUUUAUCGUUAA